AACACACCCGAUCAGCAAGAGAUCACUGCAAUCCUUGCUAAAUUUAACAAAGAUCCUCUGAGCGUCAUUUCCCUCGGGAAAGAUGGUGUUCUGCGAACACUGUCGGCGGAUCGUGCCGUUCUUGACGCAGUUGGUUUAACUCCGCGACUUGUGAAGGCGUUCUUGGACCGCGUUCCUCCAGAUUAUCGCGCGCUCACGCCAGAACUUGAGGAUGCCGAUGGGUCGAGUGUGACGUAUGAGCAAAUGUGGCAUCCUGACCCUGGUUUGCUGCCACGACCUAUGCGCGAGGAACAGAAGAAGAAGGCGUUGGCGAGUUUGGAGGGCAAUUAG